AUGAAUAGUGAUAAUUUUUUAUUUAUGUAACAUUCAAUAAAUAUAAUUAAAAAUUAUACUUUGUUUCAUUUUGAUUAAAUAAUUUAAAUUUACCGCUACAUGUACGUUUUUCAUAUAUUUAGUAUUAGUACCUAGGUGGCGUAGUAAAAUCUAACAAACUACAUUCAUACAUGCUAUCUUCACGUAGCAUAAGAUAUAUAAACUAGUAGGCGGUACGAUCCAAGUGACGUUUUGUCAAUACCAAAUUUAUUACAAGUUAUUAUUACGAAUUUUAUAAUUAAUAUUAUAUUUAAUACAGUACAAAUUAAUAAAUUUAAAAAAUGGUAGGUUAGUGAUAAAUUAUAUGUUUUUGGAUAUAUUACUUUAUAUGCUGUAGAUUAACAUAUCUUUUCUAAGGCACAAGAGGUAGAAGAAACUAUGAAACGUAUUCAAUCGCAUAAGGGAGUGGUUGGAACAAUUGUAGUUAAUGCAGAAGGUAUAUGGCAUGUUAAUAUGGUUGAUAUUAAUAUGGUAUUAUGCAAGACUUAACAAAAAUUUACUAGGUAUUCCAAUCAAAUCUACAUUGGAUAAUACUACAACAGUACAAUAUGCAGGAUUAAUAAGUCAACUGUCAGAUAAAGCACGGUCUGUAGUAAGAGAUUUGGACCCAACAAAUGACCUUACCUUCCUACGUAUUCGUAGUAAGAAACAUGAAAUUAUGGUGGCUCCAGAUAAAGAGUUUAUACUUAUAGUAAUACAGAAUCCAGUUGAUUGAUAAUCAAAAGAAACACUAAUAUAUAAAAUAUAUGCUUUGCUAAUUGUUAAUUAUUUCAUAUAGCACAUUUCAUUUUAAUGUUAUCUAUGUAAUAUUAAUGUCGAAAGCAAAAUAAGGUUUAUGUUUUAAAUUAAUGCUAAUGUGUUUUAUAAUGUCAUUCUUAAAUAUUAAUGUUUCAAGCACUGCAAAACAAUUAAACAUAAAUAUAAUUAGGUCACCUAUAGAAGCAAAAAUUAUUUAUUGACAUUGCAAUUAAUAUAUAUUCAAAGUAUUUGUGUUAUAUUUAAAAUUUAAUAAACAGGUUAUUUUAAAAUUUAAUAAAUUUUUAUAUUUAUUUAAAAAAGUCUCGUUAU